ACCUCCAUCUUCACAUUUCCUUAAAAAAUUAAACCAAGAAUCCAAACCCUUUCAAAAAAUACAAUAAUUUACACCCUUCAUUUUUAGAAAAAAAAUAAAAUGGGAAUUAUCCUCUGAAUGUGACCUCAAGUCUUUUAUAGGGCUCUCCCAUCCUAAGCCCUCCAAUAUCACUUCACUUCCUUCCACUUUGGCCUUUCAUUUUCCACAACACAUUCUUCUUCUUAUAUAUUCUCCUUACAUCAUCAUCUCCCUUGGGUCCUUUGAGAAAUUAAAAAAAAAAACUUUUUUAUUUUUUUUUUAAAUUUUCUCCUCUGAAAAAUUCUGGUUUUGAUUUUCCCUUGGAGAUUAUUAAGUGGAACCCCAUGGGAAGGCAUUCUUGCUGUUAUAAGCAGAAGCUCAGGAAAGGGCUUUGGUCUCCUGAGGAAGAUGAGAAGCUCAUUAAGCAUAUUACCACUUAUGGCCAUGGCUGCUGGAGCUCUGUCCCAAAGCUAGCUGGUCUUCAGAGGUGUGGGAAGAGUUGCAGGCUGAGGUGGAUUAACUACCUGAGGCCUGACUUGAAAAGAGGCACAUUUUCCCAUGAAGAGGAGAAUUUGAUAAUUGAACUCCAUGCAGUUCUAGGCAACAAGUGGUCGCAAAUCGCGGCGAGAUUGCCCGGGAGGACGGACAACGAGAUCAAGAACCUGUGGAACUCGUCGAUCAAGAAGAAGCUGAGGCAGAAGGGGAUUGACCCGAACACACACAAGCCAUUGUCCGAGGUUGAGAGUGAUGAAAAAACAUCCUUAAACAACAACAACGAGAAGCUAGCAUUAUCAGAAGGGUCAAGUGAGCUGAACUAUGCAGAAUCUGAUAGCUGCAUGAAUAAUAACAACAUCACUAGUAAUUACAAUGACCACGUGUUUGUAGCGCCAGGAAAUGUUUCGGAAAAACUGUCGUCCCAUCACCAGCCCGCUGCGCCGCCCCUGCAGCAGCAGGUUGCGAUGGGCGAGGGCCGAUAUCUCGCCCCGGUGGGGCCCACCGAGCACGAGUUCUUCCUCGACAAGCCGUCGUCCGAUUUUUCGGGCUACCUGUCGUUGCUGAACUACUCGCCAUUUCCUCUGCACAACUCCAACAACAACAACCUCGGCUUCUUCUUCAAGUCCUCGGAUCCGAUGGUCGCGAAGCUCAACCCCGCCGUAGCUCAUCACGGCGUGCCCCACCACGUGGAAUUACCCAACUCUUCUUUCUUCGAAAACAGCGCGUUUUCGUGGGGGGUCGGGGCGGAAGGGAAGACGGAGAAAGGGAGCGAUUGUGAUGAGGUCAGAUGGUCGUCGGAGUAUCUCCACGCGCCGUUCCUUCUCGGGGGCGGCGCCGUACAGAGUCAAGCCUUCUCCAAUAACCAUCAAGAUUUGUACAAUAAUGAAGUGAAGUCCCAAGGGCAGUUCACAGCAUACACUCAAGGCUCAUCAUCUCCAUUGUUGAGUAGUAAUAAUAAUAAUAAUGCUGCAACUGCUGCUUGGCAACAGAGUCAAGCCAUGUAUAACAGUAAGCAUUUACAGAGGCUUCAUGCUGCGUUUGGGCAGUUCUCUUGAAGUUUUAAUUGUUUUUAUUAUAAAGUUAUAUAUUCCAAUGUGAUGAUGAUGAGUGUGCUGUGAGUUUAAGUAUAUUCUUAAAUCUGUAAAUAGGGCUAAUACAAAUGGAAUUCCAAUGUUUGAGAUGGUUGGAUAUUCUUCGUGAUAGAAUCCUCUUCUCUUUUUUUUUUAAAUGCUUUUAUCAUGUCUUUGGUCUUUUCAUUUAACAUAUUGUAAUUCUGUCUUUCAAACACUCAUGGAACAAAUUUUGUUGCUUUUA